AUGUCCAUCGAUCCGGAGAAUCGGCGCAAACUCCUACUCUUGCAGAAGGCCGACGACAACAAGCGCUGCGCCGACUGUGACGCGUUCAACCCGCAGUGGGCGCUGCCCAAAUUCGGCAUCUUCAUCUGCCUCGAAUGCGCUGGCAUUCACCGUGGUUUGGGCGUCCACAUCUCGUUCGUCCGCUCCAUCACCAUGGACCAGUUCAAGCCCGAAGAGGUGCUUCGCAUGGAGAAGGGCGGCAACCUAAACUGCCGCAAAUAUUUCGAGGAGCAUGGGCUCGACGCCGCGUUGCCGCAUCGCGCCAAAUACGACAACCCUGUCGCCGAAGACUACAAGGAGUACUUGUCGUGUCUCAUCGAGGGCAGGCAGUUUGUGCCGCCUGACCGCUCGCAGCAAGCUGCGCCGCCGGCGCAGCCGAAUCCUGGCCAAAACACGCUUUCACAGGCGCCUGUAGUAGACAAGGCGCGCACCGAGGCCUAUUUUGACCGUAUCCGCUCGCAGAACGAGACGCGCCCGGAAAACGUGCCCCCUUCGCAAGGAGGCAAGUACGCCGGGUUCGGCAACACGCCGGCGGGGCAGAGCCGCCAGGGCGGCGCCAGUGGGGCGUCGCCUGGUGAGCUCUCCGUGAACUCGUUGCAACAAGACCCUUUGGGCGCGUUGACAAAAGGAUGGAGUCUCUUCUCCUCGACAGUGGCGAAGUCCGUCAACGAAGUGCAUGAAUCCGUGAUCAAGCCGGGGUUCACGCAGUUGCAGGGCAGCGAGCUCGGCAGCGAAACCAAGCGGGCCAUGGCGCAGUUUGGCCAGAAAAUGCAGCAGACUGGCAAGUACGGGCAAGAGACGUUCAGCACGUUCACGCGAGACGUGCAAGACAAGGGCUUCAAUGAGUCGGUGGGCAGCUUCUUCGGGAAUAUCGGUGGCCGCACGCAGGCAGGCUCCAACGUCGACAGGGCGUUCGGUUUCAAGAAACCCGACAACGAAGCUAAGAUGCCUGCGUUGGGCAGCGACAGUCUUGGUGGCCACAAGGACGAGGACGAGUGGGAUGCCUUCUGA